CACAUUGAAACAAAGUAGUACAAUUAAUUAGUAGUUGCUCAUCCGUCUCUCCUUCAAUGUUCCAUCCUCCUCCAUCUUCCUACUAAUCUCUCUCUUUCUCUCUGUCCUUAUUUAAAUAUCUCAGAUCCCACAUCAUUUUUUCCCAGACCUUCAACAAUGGCGGAAUGUAUUUACCACCAACUCAAAGCCCAACCCACAUGGCUCAUCCUCCUUCUCACCAUUGGUUCCUUCACCAUUUUAAGAACCCUUCUGGGAGUUCUCAAAUGGGUUUAUGUCAGUUUCCUCAGACCCGCAAAAAAUCUAAAGAAAUACGGUUCUUGGGCAGUUGUUACUGGACCCACUGAUGGAAUUGGCAAGGGUUUCGCCUUCCAAUUAGCUCGCAAAGGGCUUAAUCUGAUCUUAGUGGGUCGUAAUCCUGAUAAACUCAAAGAUGUUUCAGAUUCAAUCAAACUUAAAUUUGCAAAUACCCAGAUUAAAUCUGUUGUUGUUGAUUUUUCUGGGGAUUUGGAUGAUGGUGUUAAGAGGGUUAAGGAAGCAAUUGAGGGUUUAGAUGUUGGUGUUUUGAUUAAUAAUGUUGGGGUUUCAUACCCUUAUGCUAGGUUUUUCCAUGAAGUUGAUGAACAAUUGUUGCAGAAUUUGAUUAAGGUUAAUGUUGAAGGGACUAGUAAGAUUACUCAUGCUGUUUUGCCAAACAUGGUUAAGAGGAGGAAAGGUGCUAUUGUUAAUAUUGGUUCUGGUGCUGCUAUUGUUAUCCCCUCUGAUCCUCUUUAUUCUGUCUAUGCUGCCACGAAAGCGUAUAUUGAUCAGUUUACAAGGUGCUUGUAUGUGGAGUACAAGAAUAUGGGAAUUGAUGUUCAGUGCCAGGUUCCACUAUAUGUAGCAACUAAGAUGGCUUCAAUCAAGAGAUCUUCGUUCUUUGUCCCAUCAACAGACGGAUAUGCAAAGGCCGGUAUUCGCCACAUAGGAUAUGAGCCUCGUUGCACACCAUACUGGCCACACUCUUUUCUGUGGGGCAUUGCAUCCUGUGUACCCGAGAGCCUUAUCGAUGCAUGGCGUCUAAGGUUCUGUCUUGCAAUCCGGAAGAGAGGCCAACUCAAGGACUCGAGGAAGAAAGAGUAAUUAACCCAAAAACAUCUUCUUUCUUUCUAUGCAUUAUUUGUCAGCUUGACCAAAAGAGUCUGUUUAGGUUUUUUAGGAUAUAUGUAUCAAUUAUAACUUACAAGUGCUUAAUUUAUGCCAAAACAGAAAUUAUCUGCUUGGUCUUUCUUCUGUUUUUUCUCCACUAUUAGGGUUAUUUUGUGUUUUACUACGCCAAUAUGUUGAAUUUCCAAUGGAAAAUUCUAAUAUAUUUUUUAGUUCAUCAUUCAGUAGUAAUAAGCAUUGCUAAUCGUAAACUAUGCUUUUGAUUAAUGAUAUUGUACUUAUACA